ACGUCACAUGGAAAAGAGCCACACGUUUAUGCCGAUGAAUUAUAGAUUAAAGGGAGGCUUAAAAUGCAAAUUCGGUCCAAUACACAAACCCUCAACUCGAACGACGAACGGUCCAACUCCCCACACCUCAUCCUCCGAUGAUUGAGGAGAUGCGUCCUGACCAGCGCUGGUGAAGUGGUCCAGCAUUCAGAGCAAUCUCCGACUGACAACAUUCACUCGCAGACUGCACGGCGAAAUAACACACACACGCGCGCGAUGCUUGGAUUGUUUAGAGAUGGGACAGCGGUGGCUCUCAUACUGGCUAAUGCAUUGGUGCUGAUAGCUGCAGGAGACGAGGAUGUCAUCUUUACAAAUCAUUUUCUGGUCCAGUUGCAUGAGGGGACGAAUGAAGAUGCUCAUCAACUUGCCCUGGAGCACGGCUUUGGAAGUGCAAGGAAGCUUCCCUUUGGUGAGGGGCUUUUUCAUUUCUACCCCCGGGACAUCCCUAAAACAAGGCGGAAACGCAGCCUUCACCAACACCAUCGCCUGGCAAAAGAUCAUCGGGUGAAGAAUGUGUUUCCUCAGGAAGGUUUUGGCCGUCAGAAGAGAGGCUACAGAGAUAUCAGUAACUUUGAUGUCAAUAUGAGUGACCCACUUUUCACCAAGCAGUGGUAUCUUAUAAAUACAGGGCAAGCAGACGGAACACCAGGGCUGGACCUCAAUGUGGCAGAAGCCUGGCAGAUGGGCUACACUGGCAAGGGUGUGACUAUUGCCAUCAUGGAUGACGGUAUUGAUUAUCUACAUCCAGAUCUCGCCUUGAAUUAUAAUGCAGAAGCCAGCUUUGACUUCAGUAGCAAUGAUCCGUACCCUUACCCCCGCUACACGGAUGACUGGUUCAACAGCCACGGAACGAGAUGUGCCGGUGAGGUGUCUGCAGUUUCAAACAACAACAUCUGUGGGGUGGGCGUGGCCUAUAAUUCCAAAGUGGCAGGUAUUCGUAUGCUAGACCAGCCUUUCAUGACAGACAUCAUUGAAGCUUCUUCCAUCAGCCACAUGCCGCAGGUUAUUGACAUCUACAGCGCCAGUUGGGGUCCCACCGAUGACGGCAAGACGGUGGACGGUCCACGUGAACUCACCCUGCAGGCCAUGGCGGAUGGUGUCAAUAAGGGCCGCGGUGGGAAAGGCAGCAUUUACGUGUGGGCCUCAGGAGAUGGUGGUAGCUAUGACGACUGCAACUGCGAUGGGUAUGCCUCCAGCAUGUGGACCAUCUCUAUUAACUCAGCCAUCAAUGACGGACGCACGGCGCUCUAUGACGAAAGCUGCUCCUCCACCUUGGCCUCCACCUUUAGCAAUGGACGUAAACGAAACCCUGAAGCUGGUGUGGCAACCACAGACCUGUAUGGAAACUGCACACUGCGUCAUUCAGGCACGUCUGCUGCUGCCCCUGAGGCUGCUGGCGUGUUUGCCUUGGCAUUGGAGGCCAAUCCAAACCUGACCUGGAGGGACCUGCAGCACUUGACUGUACUCACAUCUAAGAGGAACAAACUGCAUGAUGAGGUGCACCAGUGGAGGAGGAAUGGUGUGGGCCUGGAGUUUAACCAUCUGUUUGGCUACGGCGUGUUAGAUGCUGGAGGCAUGGUCAAACUCUCCCGUGAGUGGAAGACUGUUCCAGAACGCUUUCACUGUGUGGCUGGAACCGUGCAGGAGAUACAUAAAAUUCAGUCAGGCAGUAAAGUGGUAUUGACCAUCACGACUGAUGCCUGCCAAGGAAAGGACAACUUUGUACGCUAUCUGGAGCACGUACAGGCCGUCAUCACAGUCAAUGCCAGUCGCCGCGGAGACCUCAACAUCAACAUGACAUCGCCCAUGGGCACCAAGUCCAUCCUGCUGAGCCGCAGACCCCGGGAUGACGACGCCAAGGUGGGCUUUGACAAAUGGCCCUUCAUGACCACCCAUACGUGGGGCGAGAACCCUCGAGGAACCUGGCUGCUGGAGGUGGGCUUCCAGGGAGACACCCCACAGAAUGGAAUGCUGAAGGAGUGGACCCUCAUGCUUCAUGGAACUCAAAGUGCCCCUUACAUAGACCAGAUGGUGAGGGACUACCAAUCCAAACUGGCCAUGUCCAAACAGGAAGAGCUGGAAGAGGAGUUAGACGAGGCUGUGGAGAGAAGCUUGAAAAGCCUUCUGAGUAAAAACAACUAGCCAUCUGCAUGAUAUCUGGCCUCUCUCUCAAUAUAUUAGCAUAUAUCCAUUAUCCAUUCUAUCUGCUUUGAUCAUCUUUUUUCCUGUGAUUAUUUCAAUGUCUGAUGUGAGUUUAAUUAAAGGAUUAUACUCUAAAUGAUACAGUGACCCCCAAAAUAUUUGGAUAUUUAACUGCUUCAUACAAAGCUGUCACAUAUUUGAGACAGCCAAUGAAUUGCCCAGCAUCGUAGCGUUGCAUAUUUGUGUUUUUGGAAUUGACCGCAAUAUCGCAAGUUGUGCUAUUCUGCCAACACUGAAAGAGACAGACUCGCUAUGCAGUUUAAAGAAACAGCUGCUCAAACAUCUUUUCAACCAAUUGAUGUCUUUAUUUUACAUUACAGACAUUAAAAUUAUUACAGAAAUGAUUACAAUGAUAACCGUGUACACAUACAUUCUGAUGUUUAUCAUUUCAUCCGUGAAUAAAAAUGAUUGAUGCUCUCACGCUCUUACCUAGUGUUUUACUCACAUUAAACAAGGAAACUAUGUAUAUUAAACAAUCCACUCGGUUGCCCUGCAAUGACUACUUCCUACAUUUUUGGAUCUAUUCGGUUUUCUUGCUGUCAGUGAUCACAGUGAAUGGGCUAUGUUUUCAAUUCUAAACCUAAGUCCUUACUGUUUUUUUAAUGUUUUAUGCACAAAAAUACCACGCUCUGUGGGGCAUUCAGGGGAAUUUAUACCCUUCUCAAGAAAGGGUUGAGACACUCUUUAAAAUGUGUGAAUGUCAUUGCAUUUUUAUAUGCAUUCUAUUACAAAGACCCAAUGAAAUGAUGUGAUGAGCACGGUUUUGUUGUCUUGAUAUUUUUCCUAUUGAAAAUGGAAGUUUGGAUGGGUCAUAUUGAAAGACUUGCCUUGAUUUAAAAAAGUUAAAAGGCUCUUGGGCCUGGGUAGAUCAGCGAGUAUUGAUGCUGACUACCACACCUGGUUUGAAUCCAGGGCAUGCUGAGUGACCCCAGCCAGGUCUCCUAAGCAACCAAAUUGAACCGUUUGCUAGGGAGGGAAGAGUCACAUGGGGUAACCUCCUCGUGGUCGCGAUUAGUGGUUCUCGCUCUCAAUGGGGCGCGUGGUAAGUUGUGCUUGGAUCUCGGAGAGUAGCAUGAGAUUCCAUUGAUGUGAGUCUCCACAGUGACAUGCACAGACAGCCACGUGAUAAGAUGCAUGGAUUGAUGGUCUCAGAAACUGAGUCAGCUGAGAUUUGUCCUCCACCACCCGGAUUGAGGAGAGUAACUGCACCACCACAAGAACCUACUAAGUAGUGGGAAUUGGGCAUUCCAAAUUGGGGAGAAAAGGGGAUAAAAAUACAAAUAAAUAAAAUACAAAAUAAAUAGUUAAAAGGCUUUGAUUUGCAUUAAAGCUGUGAAUCAUGACUUGCUGUUGCUAGUCUGAAGUAGGUGAUACAAAAGGCAAUAUUUUUAUGGACUGUGACUGAAUAAUUUGCCAAAUAUCUCCUUUUGUGUUCCGUCAAAGAUAGAAAUUCAUAUGGGUUUGGAAAAACAUGACAUCAUUUUCAUCUUUGGCUGAAUUAUCUUUUUAAAUGUGUGUAUCUGCUAAAAGAUUAUUUUGAUAGCUUUUAAGAGAACCGUAGCAUAGAAGCAUACAGCCAUGGGCUAAAAGCAACAAAACUCCAAUGUUGAUCUAUGAGGUGUUUGAAGAAAGAUAAAUUAAUUGCUUAAAUAGCUCCAAAGAGUGAAGGCAGUUGUGAGAAAAGCUCAUUUGUUGCAUAUGCCACUUUGAUAUUUUGUUGCUAAUGCAAUGACAUGAAUACAUUUUUAAAAGUGACUUGAGUGUCCAAAUACUUUUUGGGGCCACUGUAUGUCCUACCAAAAUAUUACUUCCUACUUUUGGUGUUCCUUUUUGUACUCUUUACAAAAAUGUAUAUAAACAAAAGAUAUCUAUACUUUCUUAUGUUCUUGCUUACCCUGCUGUUACUCACCUCUGCUGUACAGUUUGUGACUGUAAAUCAUUUUGUGUGACUCUCCUUAAAUUAAUAUCUUGCAAACAGAGCAGUGAUAUUUCUGUUAUAUUUUACAUUUUAUCCAAUGAACAUUUCAAAGCAUACAGCAUAUAUAAUAAAACUAUUUAGCUGUUUGUUAAAGCACUUUAGUGAUUAAGACAAUCAUUUUCACCAUUGGGUUGGGUGGUGUGGUUUGGAGCCCAUUAAACGUCUUUCAGGUGUCUAAUUUCCAUGAUAAAGACUAUUAUUUAACAUAACUUUCACAGCUUGUAAAGACUGCCGUGGGUGUAAUUUGACUUUAAGUUCUCCUUUUGUAAGUGUUAAAAUAACACCAGAUGACAUGAAAGGUUGAAAACCCCUUUAAAAAUGUUCCAGGUUUACUUUGUAUGAUAGAUAGAUGAGAGGCCAUGCAUACAGUUAUUUUACCAUAAGUAAGGAGUGUUAACCUCUUGCAAACCCACGUCCACAUGUGUGGAUGUUGUAUUUUGUCAUUACUAUAUGCAACAAAUAAUUUAAGUGAAUUAAAUCUGACUGAA